CAGUCGGUUUAAAGAAUUUCUUAUUUGGUAAUUGCUUGUUGCAUGUCCAGAAUUUCACUAUUUCGGAAGACGGUUGCCAACUUGAAGAACAGGGGAGCAAGACAACGUACAAGUUGGGUUUCAGAAUAUCCCCUAUCUAUCAGUGCAAUCUUUUCACGAAACUUCUUCUCAAAGCCCCUAAAUGAAGGACAGUCCCCUUCUUCUUCUUCUUCCGAAAGUGUGAAGAAGACACAACCUCAAGGAACUUCUUCGGAAAGAGUCCCUACCUGGAAAGAACUUGUGGACGCUACCGCAACCACUCUAUUUGCGACAGAAAUGGUACGAGGACUUAUGAUGACACUCCAGUAUUUCUUCCAGCCUGCGGUUACCCUCAACUAUCCCAGUGAAAAGGGACCACUUUCUCCACGGUUUAGAGGAGAACACGCUCUCCGAAGAUACCCUUCAGGAGAAGAACGAUGCAUAGCUUGCAAGUUAUGUGAGGCAAUAUGUCCUGCUCAAGCAAUUACUAUUGAAGCGGAACCUCGACCCGAUGGUUCAAGAAGAACCACGAGGUAUGAUAUUGAUAUGACCAAAUGCAUUUAUUGUGGAAUGUGCCAAGAAGCUUGUCCAGUGGAUGCCAUAGUAGAAGGUCCCAAUUUUGAGUACGCAACAGAAACUCAUGAAGAGUUGUUGUAUAAUAAAGAAAAGCUGUUGCGGAAUGGUGAUCGCUGGGAGACAGAAAUUGCAAAGAAUUUAGAAGCUGAAGCUAUGUAUCGUUGAUAAAGUUGUUUAUUGUGUGUCUUGAUACUUCAGUUACUAUUGUGGU